CGAGAGAAAUCAGUCGUUAGAGUCACGUCUGUAAAGGCAGAAUUCAAUGUGUUGUAUCGGAAGUUUUCUAUUAACAUCUUGAAAACUAACAAAAGACCGAAAUUGAAAUUUUACAUUCGAAAUUUCACGUCGAUCGGCAACUAAUACUUUUCGAAACUAUAAACAUUCAAAAUUCUAGUGCUUCGAUGUUCAACGCGAAAUUCGAAAAAAAUCGAGAAUAUCGAAAAGUUUAAAAAAUUAAAUAUUCGAACAUUAAAGAAAAUCUGAGUGAAAAUUUGAGAGGCUAAAUGUUUAAAUAUUUGAAAGGUUUCGAAAUUUCGAAACUUGAGAACUCUAUUUGGAAACUAGAAGAUUGAAAAAUGAAAGAAUCGAAAAAUUGAGAGAUAAAGAUUUUCCCUCCUUCAUUUUCGACGGAAACAUACGAAUAUUCUUCAAAGGGAAACAAAAAGAAAAUGGAAUGCCUGAAAAUAGUUUUCCUUGUGCUAAUGGCCGUUCUCGUGUGCGUGAACGAUGCCUACAGAAUUCUCUGCGUUUUCCCAUACAAUGGUAAAAGUCACUCGAGAAUGUUCGAUGUUCUGUGCAAAGGACUGGCAAAAAAAGGACACAAAGUCGACGUGAUCAGUCAUUUCCCGACAAAAGUCCCGAUCGCUAAUUACAGGGAUAUUAUCGAUUUGAAUGGAACGAGAAAGGACGCAGUCAACAGCUUAAGCAUUCAACAUGGAAGAACGAUACAUUCAGCCGUAAUGUAUUAUGUUGCGACGACGUAUGGUAAUGAUUUGUGUCACUUACUAGGUCACGAAAAGAUGCAAAACUUUAUCAAAAAUCCACCAAGGGAUCCACCUUACGAUCUCAUGAUCACCGAGUACUUCGGGUCGCCAUGCUACUUAGGCCUCGGCACAUUUUUAAACACACCGGUGGCCAUCGUUGUGAGUGGCCUCGAAACACCCUACGUCGACAGUUUCAUGGGGAACCCUUUCAAUUUCGCCUUCUUCCCCGGUGCAUCGCUCGAGAACGUCGCGCUGAAUACAUUUUUUGAUCGAGUUUGGAACCUGGUUCUAAAUUACAAGGAUACACUGACGUUUUAUCACUACACGUCCGAUCAAACUAGCCUCAUGAAGAAAUACCUGGGGUUGGACUCGCCAGACGUCAGACAAUUGGAGAGAAACGUGACUUUGGCUCUGGUGAACUCUCACUACUCUUUUCACGGGAUCCGAUCGUUUGCCCCGGCGGUGAUCGAAGUUGGAGGAUUACACGUUCAAGAAGAAGAAAUACCGUUAUCUCCAAAACUUAAGAAUUGGCUGGACACGGCCGAUCACGGAUUAGUGUAUUUCACACUAGGCUCGUUGAUGAACAUCGAAACUCUGCCACGGGACACGUUAUUGGGCUUGUACGCGUCGUUCCGAAAAAUUUCCCCGACCAGGGUCUUAAUGAGAAUUGUCAACGCGACAAAAUUGCCUCCUGGAUUGCCCGAUAACGUGGUCAUGUCAUCGUGGAUUCCUCAAAUUUCAGUGCUCAAACAUAAAAAUACACGAGCGUUCAUAACGCAUGGUGGGCUUAUGGGAACUCAGGAAGCUGUCUACUAUGGGGUUCCCACGAUAGGAAUACCAGUGUUCUCAGACCAGAUAAGAAACGUGAACAUCAUGGUUCACAAGAAUAUGGGAAUUUUGUUACAUUCGGAAGAUCUCGGUGAACGUUCCAUGGAUAUUGCAUUGCACGCAAUUUUACAUGAUCCCAAGUACAGAAAAUCUGCACGGAAAAUGUCAGACACGUUUAGAGAUCGACCAAUGAACGCUUUGGAUACCGCGAUUUAUUGGACCGAGUACGUGAUCAGAAAUGGCCCCGAUUCUUUGAAAUCUCCCGCAGUGGACAUGCCCUGGUGGAAAUUAAAUUUAAUCGACGUCUUCGUUUUCUUAAUCGCGUCUUUCGUUCUCAUUCUCUACUUCUUAUUCGUCACCGUUAAAUUCGUAUUGAAAAAUUUGUAUAUACUACAUAUACUGCAAACGGCACUACAGUUUUGUCGGAUGAAAGAUAAACACGACAAGCCGAAAGAGAAAUCCAAUUGAGAUUUUUAACAAAAUCUGAAUAAACCAACAUCUUACAAAA